AGCACAAUAAAUUAAAAGCAGAGUCAGUUUUAUACCUGCCAGAAGGACAUUUCCUCUUUCACGAGGGCAUCAAUAUGAUCUCGGACUAUGGGGAAAUCGACGAGAGCGAUGCCGACUGGCUAACAGAUGCGGAGUCCAUUUGCCAGAUUGUGACAGAGGCAAUGGCCGAAAAGGAUGUGGUGUACAGAUUCAUGAUGCAGAAUCUCCUGGCCACAGCUAAUUUUUAUCGGGCUUCCAAGAUCGAUUUUCCCCUGAACUUCGAGCAGUACCUACGAUUUCGGAUGCCCUUUCCAGUGACACCUGUCUUCAAUGCCUCGAAACCGGGAUACAUCAACCUCCUCGCACACACUUCGCAUCCCAUGGUCAGCAAUGGUUAUGUGAAUCCGGAGAGUAUACAGCUCCUGCUGCGGGGAAAUCUCCGGGAUGCGAUCAGCCAACUAGGCGUUAUUCGCUGUUCAAGUGGAUUGCAGUACCGCCUGAGCUAUCGAAGUCAUGAGAUCGGAGACCAGGGACUCGUUCACGAAAUCCUAGCCUGCGAAAAGCGCGACUUCGGUGGAAUGCCGAGGGUAGUGUCCUUUGUGUUCCUGCCGGCCCUGCAGUUCAGCUUCGCAGAGCACCCGCUUCCCACCUUCGUGCCCUCGGGUCCUGCCUGGACGCACUGCAGCAGCGGCACCUUCUACUGGCUGGCUUUAUUCCAGGUGUAUCCUCAGUUCGACCGCCGCAGCUUCUGCCCUUAUGUGCCGAGGAUGCAGGGCAUCCAGGGCGAGCGGAUGAUCAAGUACCGGAAUGUCCUGCGCCUGCUGCUCCGCAUUGGAACGGCAAACAAUAUUUCAGACCUGUCGGAUAUAUUCGUCCUGAAGGGUCUGCACUUUUAUCGCCUGAGAUACAACGCCACUUGCGACUGCAAUUUAUCCUUGGCCACGCUUUUUAUCGAGCUCCUCAUGAUUCACAAGGUCAUCACCUACAACGAAGCCCUGCAGAAGUUCGUGACCUUUGGAGGGCAACAGCAGCACUGGAUGAGCGAUGCAGUCCGCCUGGAUGGUAUAGCCAAAAAUGUAUCCAUAUUCUAUUGCAUAAACUGCAUACCCAUUGACCACCUGAAGCAUUUGUUUGGCAUCAUGUAAACACUCAUAAAACCAU